AUGUCCUGCCCACUUCUCUCCCAAAUACAAGCACUGCCAGUUGGUAGUCUCAUCACAUCAGCAUUAAAACUGCUCGACCCGGCCGAUUUCAAAACAUUUCACAACGCCUACCGCCACCCCCCGACAACAAUCAACAAGGCGCACCUUGCCGAGGUCAUCUACUAUCAGCUUGGUAAAAAUAUGGCGGCUCAACAGAAAUGGAACGACAUGACACGCCUGCAGCUCGAGCACGAGCUCCGUUGGAGGGCACUAUUGGAGGAAGGCGAAGUUCUCACUGAUUGGAAGCUCAGAUUAAGACUAGCUGGUGCUGCAUUUAGAGAGAGGCAGGAGAUUGAGCAG